CUCGGCGCCCUCGUUGCACCGCAAGACAGCUCAUCGGGUAACAAUGUGAGCAGAACAACAAGCAGUUCGUGAUACAAUCGUGGCCAAUGGGGAUUCCUCACUUGACCACCUUCUUGCGACCGUAUGCGAGCUUGGAGUCGCUGGUCGGACAAGCUGCCGUGAUCGACGGCCCUGCUUUAUGUUAUCACAUCUACUACCUCUGCUUGAGCCAGAGACCCUCUGCGCGGAAUGCUUUCGAGGCGGCGCCUUCAUAUGAAGAACUCGGGAACGCAGCUAUCCAGCGGCUUAAUGGACUACGGGAGAGUGGUGUGUCUAUCCAGAAGAUUUAUUUCGAUGGCUACCUGCCGCCUUCGAAGCUUGAGGUCAGGUUGGAAAGACUGAGAGGACUGACGAAACGGUUGAAUGAUUACUAUCAAGCAAAUCCAGUACCUUGCCGGCUUGCCAUUGUCGCUGGAGAAACUGACCCUGGAUAUCUAUUUGCUCGUGAAUCUAUCCGCUCGAGCCUAACGACACUUCCUCCAAACCCGUUCUUGGUCCCAGCAAUUAUUGAUGCCUUGGGAAGGUCGGAACGAUAUAAAUCUCUGGCCGAAGUCGUUCCUGGCGAGGCAGAUCUAUACUGUGCCAGAUACUCGAAGCUUAGCGGCACAAUCAUUUUCACCGGAGAUUCCGACCUUCUCAUCCAUGAUCUAGGUGCAGAUGGAGCCGUCAGUUUUUUCAAAGACAUCGAAGCUUCGCUUGACAGUGAACCUCUCACUCUGCGUAGCCUUGUUUAUCAUCCGGCAACUAUUGCUGGACGGCUAACCCUGCCAAAGCCUCAUGGAUUACAUGCUCUGGCUUUCGAGCUUAUCAAGGAUAGCCAUGGCACUUUCAAGAAGUUACUAGCACAGGCAACUACACUAAAAGCCAUCAAUGCUGACGAAUGUGAGUAUGUGGAAUUCAGCAAGGAGUACAAAUCUCUCCCGCUGGACCUCACACCUGACCGCAGUGAAUUCUCGCCGAGAUUCUUGGAAGUCCUGCAAAAGUUGGAUCCUAGAAUUUCUGAGUAUGUCAUGCAGUUCCCCAGUCUUGCCAAAUGCGCUGGUAGAACACCAACGGCAGCCAAAUCCGAGAUGGACUCCCGUCACGUUUUCCUUCCAUUCCUUCUUGAUUGUCCUGCUCGCACUAACGCCUGGGUGGUGUCGACCUCUUUACGACAAUUGGCAUAUGGGCUCAUCAAAAACAUUGUUCCAAAAGCCGAACAACAGUUCGACGUCUUCGAGCACAGAAGGCAGAGUAAUAUAAAUGGGAAGGGGGUUCAGCUUCCAAAUCUCGAGAAUAUUCCUGAAGCUUGCGUAGCUCUUGUAAACCUCAUUGAUAAAAUUCAUUUGAAACUUCCCGCACUUUCUCUUCUUGACCGAUGGAUAGCUUUCAUCGUGUGUCAGGAUGUUGAGUGGUCAUCCUCCGUUGGAAGAGCUGUACUCAGCAAUUGCGUUUCUCAGGGAUCACUCAAUGUUGAUCUCGGACCGAGUGAUUCUAGACAUUGCAAUUGGGAUAUUAUCCAAUUCCUAGCUCAAGUACAGAGCACAUUUUACUCUCUCAGAAUGCUUCAACAAAUUAUUAGACUUUCGGUUUUUCAUCAUGACAGCACUUCAUGUCCAGAAGUAAUGACCAUGCUGCACCAUCGUCUAGAAACUCUUCCACAGUUGGGUGAGAUCCCGGACCUUAGAUCUGUGGCUUCGCUCGUCGGCAAAAUUAGGGACAUGAGUAUGGUGAAAGCGGCUUAUGAGAUACUAGGAAUUGAGGAUGAGAAGUCUCCUGAACUUCAAGAAUCCUCCAAGAGGGCAAAGAAAAAGCGAAGAAUGGGUGAAGGCCAAACUCAGCCUUCGAAUAGCAAGAAAAAGUUGAACAAUCCUUUUGCAUUACUAGAUGCUGAGUGAACUUGAAGGCACUACCGGGAGUAGUUGGUCUGGUACUCAUCAUUUCUCAAGUU